UCAUAACGAUAACCUCCUACGGAGAGUCCCGAACGACCGUAGAAUUUUCCUAGAUACAGAACUAUCAGCCUCAGUAUCACGUGGAUAUUGAGAUGUCCAUUGACAGUUGAUCUGAUAUAUAAUCACACUCUUGAAUUUGUCAUCGCAUAAUUCAAAAAGAAGAGCAGAAGGGUUCUUAUAGAGCUUAUUCAGAGUUUAGCAGCAACAAACGUAAUACCUAUUGGUAUCUUUGCCAGCAGUAUUGGCCAGCAGUAUUGCAGCUCGUUCUAGGAAAAUUUGCAAUCGAUAGCAAAGACGAACAGAAUUGCAUUUUCGACUUGAAGCAUUUUUCAGCAGGCAGUGAUGGUGCAAGCUACGACGUGAUCAAGACUCAAGAUUGAUUGCUCCUCAUCGUGUCAGAAAUUUAAUUGGCCACGAAGCUUCGAGCUGAUACGAGAUGCAAUCGUAUCACCAUCACCACCACCACCAUCAUCAUCAUCGACCUCCAGUUCCGUCUCUUCCCUUUUCCCCUUGUCAAAUCGCAAGAGUUUGCGAAACAUUGGAAGAAUGUGGAGAUAUCGAGCGACUUUCAAGGUUUCUAUGGUCCCUACCGACUUCUCCGGACGUGUAUGACUUGCUGAACAGUAAUGAGUGUGUAUUGCGAGCACGAGCACUGGUCGCGUUUCAUACUGGGCAUUAUCACGAACUAUAUUACAUCUUAGAGAACUAUAAGUUUAGUAAAGAAUCUCACGUUAAACUUCAGACCAUGUGGCUAGAGGCACAUUAUAGCGAAGCAGAAAGGUUACGAGGGCGACCAUUGGGACCGGUCGAUAAAUACCGCGUCCGGAAGCGUUUUCCUCUACCAAGAACAAUUUGGGACGGAGAGCAAAAAACUCAUUGUUUUAAAGAGAGAACGAGAAAACUGUUACGAGAAUUCUACUUAUCAGACCCAUAUCCAAGCCCUACGAAGAAAAGGGAGCUGGCUGAUGCUACGGGCUUAACAGCAACGCAAGUUGGGAACUGGUUCAAAAAUAGAAGACAAAGAGAUAGAGCGGCUGCGGCCAAGCAUAAGAGUAAUAAGCAGUCAGAGCUUGACAGAAAAUCGCCUUCAGAAUUCAGCGACCACGUUGACAUGUCGAAAGAUCUUGAAGAAGAUUCUCCGAUAUCAAGAUCAACAAUGAACUGUUCUCCUGAAUUCGAUGUAUGUAGAUCAAAAGAAAGGUUGCCUCACUUUAUUUAUGGUAGCAGUGUCAGGCAAAAUGUUAACUAA